CCAACCAGUCAAAAAUCUCAGUUUCACUACACCAACCAGUCUCACCUUCCCUUCUUAAUUUUCCUCUCUCGCUCUCUAAAUUCCCACAUCGAAUUUUUCUCCUAUAUAUAUAAUAAAUUUUCUACUACACCAAGUUGUCAAGCAAGGUUCUUGUCAAAACGACAAGACAUUAGUAGUACCCAAUCAAGAUGACAAAAACCCAAUCAAGACAAGACAUUAGUAGUAGUAGUAGCAGCAGCAGCAGUAGUAGUGACAUGGAAGGAAUGAAGCUCAUGCUUCACUUGCUAAUACCACUCUGUGUUCAUUGGAUCGCUGAGGAAAUGACUGUUUCUGUUCUUGUUGAUGUUAUUACUAAUGCUCUAUGUCCAGGAGACUCAACCUGUACAGAAGCUAUAUAUCUUAAUGGUCUUCAACAAACGGUGGUUGGAAUUUUCAAGAUGGUGGUGCUUCCACUGUUAGGUCAGCUUGCAGAUGAGUAUGGGCGUAAACCAAUGCUCCUUCUUACCAUAUCCACAUCUAUAUUCCCUUUUGCUAUACUUGCCUGCAAUCAGUCUACAGGAUUUGUAUAUGCUUACUAUGUUCUUCGUACAAUAUCUUAUAUUCUAAGUCAAGGGAGUAUUUUCUGCAUUGCCGUUGCUUAUGCGGCGGAUGUUGUUGAAGAGAAUAAGAGGGCAGCAGCUUUUAGUUGGAUAACAGGCCUUUGUUCUGCUUCACAUGUCUUGGGAAAUCUUCUGGCACUUUUUGUCCCAGAAAAGUACAUUUUUCCGGUUUCAAUAGCGCUCUUGAUCUUAUCUCCGAUUUAUAUUCAAAUCUUUCUGGUUGAGACAGUUAAGCUGGCUCCAAAGAGGGACCAAGAUUCAGCUUGCUUAGCUAAGACAAUUAAAAUUAUCCAGAAACGAUACAAAUCAAUGAAAGAUGCUGCUACAAUAGUUAUGAGCAGUCCAACUUUAAGGGGCAUUUCUCUGGUUUCUUUCUUCUAUGAGUUGGGAAUGUCUGGCAUCACCUAUGUCUUGAUGUACUAUCUGAAGGCUGCUUUUGGUUUCGAUAAAAAUCAGUUCUCAGAAAUUCUGAUGCUCGUGGGAAUAGGUUCAAUUGUUUCACAGAUGUUGGUGCUUCCACUAAUAAAUCCAUUGGUUGGAGAGAAAGUGAUAUUGUGCAUAGGUUUACUUGCAUCAAUAGCUUAUGCAUUAUUCAAUGGCCUUGCAUGGGCGGCAUGGGUACCAUUCAUGGGUGCCACAUUUAAAGUUGUAGUUGUCCUUGUAAGACCUGCUACUUAUGCAAUUAUUUCAAAAGCAUCAAGCUCAAAAAAUCAGGGAAAAGCACAAGGAUUUGUGGCUGGUGUGGAAUCAAUAGCAAGUUUGUUAUCACCGCUCGUAAUGAGUCCAUUGACUUCAUGGUUCUUAUCUAGCAGUGCACCUUUCAACUGCAAAGGUUUCAGUAUUGUAUGUGCGUCUGUAUGCAUGAUGAUUUCAUUAUGUUAUGCUUGUCUGCUUAAACCUGGGGUAGCUUCAAGCAGUGAUUCAGAGGAUGACAUUGAAGCACCAUUGCUAACUGAGAGUUGAUUGUUUGUCUCAAGUAAUUUAAAAUAUUUUUUCUAUGCUGGCUGAUGUAAAUAUUUGGGGUCCCUUGCAUAGAGCAAUGUAGUUGUAUUAGUGCAAACAAGCUUCCAAUGUGUUUAUCCCUCAGAAAGUUCUCUUAAACUUUAUGCACUGCAGAGGAUAACAUUGAAGCUUCACCUCCAAGUGUUAUAGUUCAUUGUUGUAUUUCCCAAGCAUUUUGUAAUAGCUUUUAUAGGCGGUGAUGUAUAUAUGCAUCCCUUUGGUAGAGUAAGAAUGUAACUAUAUUGGUACCUAUAAAUUUUGACCAUGCAUUUUACCUCAAAACGUUGUUCUCUUC